AUGGAUGAUAUCGAACUCGAAGAUGAUUCUGCCGCUAUGGCAGCCAUGAUGGGCUUCUCUGGUUUCGGAAAUCAAGACUCUCGUUCUAAGAAACGUAAAUUCAAUGCUGCGACAGAUGCAUUUGUCGAAGGCGCAGAGUUAGAAAAGAUUGAUCGGGGAGGGAAGAAGGGACAGGGAAGUGGUGGGAAUCAAAUUCCGUUGGGAAAGAUGAGAGUUAUGGGAGAGAAAGUCGAGGAGAAGAGGAAUGAUGAAGAGAUUGAUUUGGGGGAUGAUGAAGAUGCAGAGGAUGAGGGACCAAGAUAUUUGGAUACUAGUGCGCCGCCUCCGAUAUUUGAUGGGAUCGAGGGAGGGGAAAUUGCCUUAGGUCAGGAUGGUAUAUCAGAUGAUCCGGUGGCAGUGGAGGAAAAGCGCAAAGCACAGGAGCAGAUUGAUGCAAUUCUAGCUGCUGCACCUGAAUCUGCCGAGAAGAAUGCGUCGCAACCAGUUUCGGGACACCCACAUGGGCUUCCGGAAAGACCAGUGCAUAGUGAUAUUGGAUUUACAGGAAACAGUGGGAAUAGGAGGGGAGGAAAGGGUGGAGGGAGUGAUGCAGGAAGCAUGGCAAGUUCAAGGCCGAGUGGACGGGGUGCAUUUAACAAGACAUGGUAUGAGGGAUACUACGAUCGAAGUUUCAACGAGAAUCCAUGGGCAAAAUUGGAGGAAAGGAUGGGACUGGAGGCUAAGGGUACUUGGGUAUGA